AUGAACUAUCAUAAGCAAAAAUAUUUCAUUUUAUUUUUGGUUGGAAAUAUUAAAGGACAAUGGAAUUACAGGAGAAGUACACUAUGUAACAACAGGAGACGGCUACAUAUUAACAAAUUAACUGAUGAUGGUUUAAAACAUGUUAAUUUAACAUCAGAUGACUCAAAAUUUUGGGAUUUCACUUUUCAUGAAAGUGGAGUUUAUGAUCUUCCAGCGAUAAUUGAAUACAUAACAAAAUUAACAAAACAAAAAUUAUUUUAUAUUGGUUAUUCACAAAGUACGACUUACGCUUUUGUCAUGGCUUCUCGACGUCCUGAUAUUGCCAAAAAAAUACGUUUGAUGAUACAUCUUGCUCCAAUUGCUUAUGAUAUUUGGAAUUCUUUUUUUGCUGGAGCUUCAAGAGGUACGUCAAUAAAAAAUCUCAUUCAUCAUUAUCAAAAUCUUGUGUCUGGAAAAUUUCGUCAAUUCAAUUAUGGUGAGAAAGAAAAUAUGAAAAUUUACAAUUCAACAUCUCCACCAGAUUAUGAUUUAACAGCAAUCGAUGUACCAACAGUAUUCUUCGCCGCAAAAAAUGAUUGGUUGGCAGAUUUUGAUGAUGCAAAAAAAGUUUACAAUAUGCUGGCCAAUGGAAAAGGUUUUAAUGUUGUAAAUUAUGAAUCAUUUGCACACCUUGAUUAUGUUUGGGCCAAGGAUAUUAAAAAAUUAAUAAACGAUCCAAUAAUUAAUUUAUUAAAUUCUUACAAAAACAUGUAAAAAAUUAUUAAUUGUUUCGUUAUAUAAACUAACAAUUUUAUUUAUUUAAAUACAAAUAAAUAUUUCAAAAUUUUUCAAAUAAAAUUAUCCUAAUACUUU